AUGAUUCCCCGAUCACGCCUCUCGGGCCGCCUCAUUCUUGAGCGCUCUCUCGUCCACGCAUCACGAGUAUCUUCCGAAGCAACCGCUGCACGAUGGGCUUCUGCUCCCGCCUACCGCAACCAUCACAUCUGCGGUCGUCGGCUUCCCGCCAUUCAACCGCGGUUAGUCGCCGCUGCCUUUUCCACAUCUGCCCGAGUCACCAAAGAGAAGGACAGCAACGACAAGGGCUUCUUCGAGUCUGCGAUAGAGCCAUUGACGGAGCCCUUAUCUGACGAGGAGGCCAAGGCGAACAUCGAGAACAAGCGCAGGGAAGCCGACAGCCCACUACUGGCCGAGUCGAGGAAUCCAGGCCCCGAUUCACCUGGCUCUGGAAAGAACGAUAGCGCCGGGCAAUCGAACGAUGGAAAGGCGGGAAGUGCUGCUGGAGGUGCUGGAUCUGGAUCUGGAGGUGACAACUCAGGUGGUGACGGAGGUCGUCGCGGUAGAAAGCCCUCUGCCGAGAAAGCUCUCCAGAAGCCUGUCGUCCCUGAAGUCUACCCCCAAGUCCUAGCAAUCCCGAUUGCUCGAAGACCACUCUUCCCUGGCUUCUACAAGGCUAUUACCAUCAAGGACCCCGAGGUGGCCAAUGCAAUCACCGAGUCGAUUAAGCGUGGUCAGCCAUACGUUGGUGCAUUCUUGUUCAAGGACGAGAACGAGGAUGAGGAUGUGAUCAGGAACCCCGAGGACGUCUACGAUGUUGGUGUUUUCGCCCAGAUUACAAGUGCUUUCCCCAUCCACGGCCAAGAAGGUGCCCUCACUGCCAUCCUCUACCCCCAUCGCCGUAUCAAGUUAUCCAGUCUACUACCCCCUGGUGGCCAAGAUACUACUAAGAAGACUGAUGCCAAGGCCGAGCCCACACCCGAACCGAUUCCCCAGAAGCCCGCAGAGGAAGAGGCUACUCCCGAGAAGAAGGGAGAUGUCGUUGCCAGCUUCGAGGAGAGCGCUGUCGAGAAGAAGCCUGACCAGACUGCCGAAAAGUAUGAGCCAACAUCAUUCCUCAAGAGAUACCCCGUCAGUCUGGUCAACGUCGAGAACCUUGUCGAUGAGCCAUACGACCCCAAGAGCCCUGUCAUUCGCGCCGUCACCAACGAAAUUGUCAACGUUUUCAAGGAAGUCGCCACAAUGAACAAUCUCUUCCGAGACCAGAUCUCCACUUUCUCUAUGAGUCAAUCAACCGGAAAUGUUACAUCGGAACCCGCUAAGCUCGCCGACUUUGCCGCUGCCGUGUCCUCAGGCGAGCAAAAGGAGCUGCAAGAGGUAUUGGGCUGCCUCAACGUCGAGGAGAGGAUGCAGAAGGCUCUUGUGGUGCUGAAGAAGGAACUCAUGAAUGCCCAAUUACAGUCCAAGAUCAGCAAGGAUGUCGAGAAUAAGAUCAGUAAGAGGCAGCGCGAGUACUGGCUUAUGGAGCAGAUGAAGGGCAUUCGUCGUGAGCUUGGCCUGGAAUCCGAUGGAAAGGACAAGCUCGUCGAGAAGUUCAAGGAGAAGGCCAACAGCCUUGCCAUGCCCGAGGCAGUUCGCAAGGUCUUCGAUGAAGAGCUUAACAAGCUUGCUCAUCUCGAGACAGCCGCUUCCGAGUUCAACGUCACAAGGAACUACCUAGAUUGGCUCACCCAGAUUCCUUGGGGCAGGAGGAGUGCCGAGAACUUUGGCAUCCCUAAUGCAGUCAAGAUUCUGGACGAGGACCACCACGGUCUCAAGGACGUCAAGGACCGCAUUCUGGAAUUCAUCGCUGUUGGCAAGCUUCGAGGCACUGUCGAGGGCAAGAUCCUCUGCUUCGUCGGACCUCCUGGUGUGGGUAAGACAAGUAUUGGAAAGUCGAUUGCCCGAGCUCUUAACCGCGAGUACUACCGAUUUAGUGUCGGUGGUCUCACAGAUGUUGCUGAAAUCAAGGGUCACCGAAGGACCUAUGUUGGUGCGCUUCCUGGCCGUAUGAUCCAGGCUUUGAAGAAGUGUCAAACUGAGAACCCCCUCAUUCUGAUCGAUGAGAUCGACAAGAUUGGCCGAGGUUACCAGGGCGAUCCCUCUUCUGCUCUGCUGGAGCUGCUCGAUCCCGAGCAGAAUAGCUCUUUCUUGGAUCACUACAUGGAUGUCCCUGUUGAUCUGUCUAAGGUCUUGUUCGUGUGCACUGCCAACAUGACUGACACUAUUCCUCGACCCCUGCUCGACCGCAUGGAGCUCAUCACCCUCUCUGGUUACGUUGCCGACGAGAAGAUGGCCAUCGCCCAACGAUAUCUUGCCCCCGCUGCCAAGGAGACUGCUGGACUUCAGAACGCUGAUGUCAACUUGAGCGAGGAGGCAAUUGAGGAGCUCAUCAAGUCAUACUGCCGUGAGUCUGGUGUGCGAAACCUUAAGAAGCAGAUCGAGAAGGUCUACCGAAAGUCCGCCCUCAAGAUCGUUCAGGAGCUCGGCGAGGAAGUUUUGCCUGAAGAGGAGGCCCUCACCGAGGAGGGCAAGUCUGCUCUUGAGGAGGCUGAGAAGAAGAGCAAGACCGAGGAGGUCACCGAGGGCAAGGAGUCCACCUCUAACGAAACUGGCGCGACUACGGAGAAGCCCCGCAAGCCACUCAACGUCCCCGACUCUGUCCAUGUUGUUAUCGGCAAGGAUAACCUCACCGACUACGUUGGACCUCCUGUCUUCACCUCUGACCGUCUCUACGAGGUCAACCCUCCCGGUGUUUCCAUGGGCCUCGCUUGGACACAACUUGGCGGUGCUGCCAUGUAUAUCGAAUCCAUCCUCCAGGCUCCCCUCCGACCAUCUACACGACCUCACCUCGAGAUCACCGGUAACCUCAAAAAUGUUAUGAAGGAAUCUACUACCAUUGCCUACUCUUUCGCCAAGUCUUUCAUGGUUAAGCAGUUCCCUGACAACCACUUCUUCGACAAGGCAAAGAUGCAUCUGCACGUUCCAGAUGGUGCCGUCUCCAAGGAUGGUCCUUCAGCUGGUAUCACAAUGGCUACUUCACUCCUUUCUCUUGCUCUCGAUUCCCCCGUUGAUCCUACAGUUGCCAUGACUGGUGAGAUCACACUCACUGGAAAGGUACUACGCAUUGGUGGUCUUCGUGAGAAGACUGUUGCUGCUCGACGAGCUGGCUGCAAGACCAUCAUCUUCCCCAAGGACAACAUGUCUGACUGGCUAGAGCUACCUGAGAACAUCAAGGAGGGUCUUGAAGGUCAUGCUGUGGCCUGGUACCCUGAGGUCUUUGACCUUGUCUUCCCAAACGUCGAUAAGGAGAAGGCCAACACAUGCAAGAUCUGCGAGUGGAAGGCUCAGCAGAAGAAGAACGACUCUGAGUCAGCUGAAGAGGAGGACUAA